AUGCCCGCGGGAGAGCGUGAGCGCCUGGAGUCGGUCCUGGAGGAUGCUUGGAGCAGUUUUCGAGCGCAGGUCCUCGAGGCUUUCCCGGAGUACCACGAAGCAACGCUCAUGCUCAAAUCGGAUCUGCACAGUGUUGGCCAGCAAGGGGCGCCUGAUCCGGCGCUGGCUUCUGAUGAAUUCUUCGGUCGGGUGGUAGGUCCCGGAGAUUCCGAUGAUGGUGACGGUGAGGCGAUCUCGAGGGUGCCUUCCUUGCCCAAAUUCGACGACAAGAAUGGCUUGAACAAGGGUGUUAUUCCGGCAGAUGCAGAGGGAGUGCUAAGCCAGGAAAUAGAGGCAAUGAAGAAGUUUGCCACCAACAAGUCGGACUCCGUGGGCUCCCAUGGUCUCGGCUGCGCCUCGCCAUCCUUCCUGACAUCCGGUUUGAUUGGGCUUAGCGAGGCUGAGUCGCGCGCGAUCCGCCACAGACUCCGCGUUCGCUUGGGCGCACUGUCCACGGCGAAGUUGGUGUCUGGAAAGACUCUGCAUGAUGCCGUGCAUGCUCUGGGCCUUACUCGGUACUCCAUCGAUGACAUCAAUGAGAUGGUUAACCUGGUCGCGGAUUUCAUCAACCUCCGCUUCGAGGAAGUGGACAGAAGGACGAGGAGGCAGACCAUAUUUUCCUGGGAGACUGGGGAUGAAGUCGAGCGCUUUGGGAAGCCGAUUUGGGAGUGGCCAUCACUCCAGGAGUACUUCGUUACCGUCCGGCGCAGCGCCUCCCUGACUGGCUUCGAGCCUCAGGCGGAGCGAACCUUCAACGUCGUGCCUGCCUCUGCGCUGAUGGAGCUCUUCUUGGCACAGGACUCCGAGAUCCACAAGCGCAUCUUCGGCCAAACUGGCGUCAAGCAGUUCCAGGCGAUCCGCGAGAUCUUACUCGCCGGUGACACCAACCGCCUGGUUGCGGAGCUGACCUUUGUACGCAUUAACGACCUAGCAGCGCCCCCAGAACCGCUACAUCCGCUGAUGUAUGUGGAACCACUGGUGGCAAUCCUAAUCCUUGCCAACGGGAUUAUGAUCGGCUUUCAGACGGACCCGAGCUUCGAGCCAUGGGAGGGCUGGGCCUACGUCGAGCUCGGCUUUGCUUGUGUUCUGCUCUUGGAAAUCGCGUUGCGCGUGCACUUCCUGACUUGCAGAGGCUUCUGGCUCGGAGAUGACCGGGUGUGGAAUUGGUUUGACGUGGUCCUCUGCGUCACGAGCAUGGCGGACGUCACCGUCCAGUUUGCCAGUACCGGGCCGCCGCUGACAGACAUCACAGGGCGCGAGCUCUCCCUCCUGCGGUUCUGCCGCCUCAUUCGCCUGGUGCGCAUCGUGAAAGUGUUCCGGCUCAAGUUCAUGAAGGACCUGAGACUGAUGGUGAAGGGCUUGGUCGCUGGCAUUCGGACGCUGGUUCUUGCCUUCACUUUGCUCGUCUCCGUGAUCUACGUGAUCGCAGGCUUCGCCACCAUGAGCUUUGGAGGUAUAACCGGCGCAACAGUGGAAGGACUCGUCUUGCAAGACUACUUCUACAACUUGCCGAUGUCCAUGUUCACGGCAUUCCGAUGCUUCACUGGAGAUUGCGUCUCUGAGAAAGGCUUGGUUCUGUCAUGA